AUUGUUUUAAAAUAUGCUAUUUUUCAUUUUAUUUUAACCAAAAAUUAAAAGAUAUAUUUAUGUGUAUGUUAACACAAAAUAUCAUCGUAAUUUUUCAGUUUCAAUGUCGUCUGCAAGGUAAUUUUGGAAACUUUUCGUAUUUUGCAGGUACAGCACUUGACACGAAGCGUAUACGACGAGACAGUGCUUAAUAAACAAUAAAACUUGAAACGUUAAAAAUGAGUUGGGCAGCAGAAGAGUGGAAGUCGGACCUGUCCCACAGGGCCAUGCAGAAAGUAGAGCAGUUGGAGGGACAGAUCAGUCGUCUGAAGAAGGAUGUUGAGAUGAAACAGUUCAAGAUGGACAGCAUGGAACAGGUUAUUCAGAAAGAGAAACGUAAAGUGGAAGAUGAAAGGUCUCAGUUGUCAGCUCUCAAGCGAGAGUCACAGAGUUUGUCAGAGACAUGUGAGGACGUGGAACAAAAACGACAGAAACUAGCCGCAGACCUACACACCAAGGAGACCCAUAUUGGUACCCUGAAUGGACAGAUUGCACACUUGAAAAAAGUUCUUGAACAAGAAAAUAGCAAGGUUUCCCAUAUGCAGACCGCUAUUGAAAAGUUUGAGAUGGAUCAGAUGGGACAAGGAGAUAAGUAUGAAAAGCUUGUUGCUGAACAUGAAAAGCUUAAGCAGAUGAAUCAGCACCAGACCAAGGACAGCUCUGCCUUAAGGAAUGAGUGCAACGCACUAAAACAUAAAACAGCAGACAUGGAGAACCAACUGCAUGCUGUUCAAGCAGAGAAUGAAGAGCUGAAGUCAAAACUAAAGGAUCAGGGAUCAGUGAAGGAAUCAGAGUACAAAAAUGUGCAAGAACAGCUCAAGUUGGAGAAAGAAAAUAUGAAAAUACUGGAAAAGAAAUUAUCUACUGAAAUCAAAAGCUUGAAAGAUAUAUUGGACAAAAAAGAACUUGAAAUGGAUAAAGUUCAGACAGAGUCAAAGUCUAGGGAAGAUAAACUUGCUUCUAUGCUGAAAGCAAUAACUGUAGAGGUUACAAAUUUGAAGGAUGCUAAUAGCCGUAAAUCUGCUCAAGAGACCCAGGCAAAAGCUAAACUUGACAUGGAGAUUGGUGAAUUAAAGAAUAAUUUAAGUACAAAAGAACAAGAAAAUGACAAACUGCUCAAAGAUUUGAAGUUUUUGAGAGACUCUUUGACAAAUGCUCACACUUUGAGUGAGUCAUUGAAAAAUGAAUUGAAAAGCAAAGAUGUGACAGUUGCUCAACAAAAAGAUAGUGUUGAUCAGUUGCAGAAAGACCUUGAUAAACAAGUCAAAGAACUUACUGACAAAAAUGGAGAGCUUGAACAGAAAAUGAAAAGCUUACUGUCAGAGCUUGAUAACAUGAAAGAUUCAAGAAAAAAUUUUCAGAUGAAUGUUGAGAAAAAAGAGAGAGAAAUUCAAGAUCAUCAAGCAGAAAUAAAAAAUCUUGAAAAGGAAAAGGAUGCUUUAGAAAAAAAAGUGUUUGGUUUAGAGAAGACAAAGGACUCCCUUGCUUCCACGCUUGGUCAGAUAAAACUUGAAACUGAGAAACUCAUGAAUAUGAAUAGUUCAUUUAAGCAAGAAAUUCAGGAACUGAAAAACAUUCUUGAUGGCAAAGAGAGAGAAUUGUCACAGGUGCAGUUAGAAUUGACACACAAGAAUGAAAAGAUGGAAGAUUGUCAAAAUAAGGUAGAGGGUAUUAAGAAUGAAUUGAAUCAUUCUGAACAAACAGUGAUUCACUUGAAAAAUGAAAUAGAAGCCUUUCAGCUCGAAUUUAAGGAAGAGAAGAACAAGUUAGUGAAUGAGAUAAGCAAACUUGAGACAUGUAAUAAUUCUUUCAAAGCAGAUUUGGAGAAAUUGAGUGAAGAAAAGACUCUGUUAAGCAAUGAUUUUGAAAAGAAAACAGCAGCAUUUCUAGAAUGCCAAAACAAAGUGGAAUUAUUGCAGGUGACAAAGAAUGAGUUAGAGAACCAGAUAAAAAGAAUAGAAACUGAAAGGAAUGAAUUAAGCAACAAAGUUGAUAAAACUUUAGAAGAAUUGGGUGAAAGCAAUAGACUAAAAUGUGAACUGGAAAAGACUCUCGAUGAAACCAAAUUUACUUUGAUAAACACUGAAACCAGGUUGUCAGAGAUGGAACAUAAACUAAAUGAAAGUGACAUUGCAAAUCGUGAUGUAACUGAAAAGUUGAGUACAAUGACAAUAGAAAAGGAGAACAUGGAUAUACAAAACCGAAAAUGUCUUGAAGAUAUAGAUCUCUUAAAACUUCAGAUUGAAGAAAGCAAGGAAAUAAAUGUUGCCGAUCAGAACAAAAUCAUGGAACUGAGUCAAGAGUUACAUACUUUAAAAGAUCAGCUUUCUGCAAAAGAUAUCUUUGAAAAGGAGCUUACAGCAAAACUAAGGUCGGAAACUGAAUCCUUCCAGAAUGAAAUUGCUGAAAGAGAAAUUUCCAUUAAUCAGUUGAAGACAGAAGUAAGUCAUAGUUCAGAAAAACUUGAACAAGUUCAAGAGACUGUAAAAGCAUUAGAAUUAUCCAAAACAGAUCUUGAAACAAAAGUGACAGAUUUUGAAUCAAAAUGUGAAGAAGCUGACAUAACUAUAGCAGCACUAAAGACUUCUGAAGAAAAACUUGUUGCGAAUGGUCUUAAACUUGAUCAAGAGAAUGUUCAACUAAAAGAUGCCCUGAAUGAAAGAGACAUUACGAUUUCUGAUAAUACAGCAAAGCUUAAACAGUUUGAGGAAGAACUCAAAGAUACAUGUGAUCAAAAAGAUUCAGAAAUUCUGUCUUUGAGGAAAGAAAUUGAUGUAGCUAAGACAGAGAUUGAGAAAAUGCAAGAGAGGAAUGCAAGUGCUUUGGCUAGAAAUGCAGAUCUUGAGGAAAAAUUAGCAAGGCAGGAGAAAGACACAGAAAGUGCCAAUUUUUCUUCAGAGCAACUGAAAAUAGAAAAUGAUAAACACAGCAUGAAAAUAACAGAACUUGAAGAAGAAAAUUCAAAAUUGAAAGAUAUUGUGAGCUCCAAGGAGCUUGAAUUAGAACAGAUUACAUCUGAGUUGAAGCUCAGAAUUGGUGAACUAGAAUCCAAUAUUGUUGAAAAAGAAUCAAAAAUUGAAAUGUUGAAUAAAGAAAUUGAAAGCAAGUCAAAGGAUUUAGAAACAAAAAUCACAAAUUUGGAUCAGAUUUUAUCAGAAAAGGAGGAAUUGACUUUGAAUCUUAAUUCAGCUGAAAGAAGUUUAGAUGAACUUAAUUUUACUGUAAAGGAUUUCAGCCAGAAAGAAGAAAAGCUAAAUAUGGAAAUAACAGAGCUGAAUAGUGAAAUAAGAAGCCUGAAGGAUCAACUGAGUGACCAAGAAAUGGAUCAGUCUGUAAACAGUGCAAAGCUCAAGCAGGAAAUCAAAGAUUUGAAGAGUGAUGUUGAGAGUAAAGAUACAAGACUCAGGGAAAUUGAGGAUGAGCUGUGUCAAAAAUCUGAAGCAAUGAAUGCAAAAAUGGAUGAACUUGAAAAUGUCUCUAAAGUUAAAAAUGAACAUGAGACAAAAAUCUCAGGUUUAGAGAAAGAGAUUGAAGGUCUCACUUUUACAUUAACAGAAUCAAAGUGUUUGGAAGAAGAACAAGGAAAUAGGAUUCAAGAGCUUAACGAAAUUAUAAAGACUUUGAAAGAUGAACUGUCUGACCAUGAGAAGGAUUUUUCAGUGAAAACUGCUGAACUAAACAGGAAUAUUGAAGAGUUACAGAAUACAUCAGAUGGUAAAGAUUCAAGAAUCAGAGACUUGACAGAUGAGUUGGAUCACAAGAUGAAGGAGCUGAAUCAAAAAAUUGAUACUCUUAACCAACUGAGUAGUGAAAACAAUGAACUUCAAAUGCGGGUCAACAGCAUAGAAAAACAGGCUGAAGAGCUUCAGUUUGCGCUAACUGAGGCAAAAAGUGUCGGAGAGAAACAAGAGAAUGACAUUAUUGACUUGAAUGCUACAGUUAAGUCAUUAAAGGAUCAAAUAUGUGACCAAGAAAUGGAGCAGUCAGUGGUCAGUGCAAAACAGAAGCAGGAUUUCAAUGAACUCCAGAAUAUUGUAGAAGGUAAAGAUUUAAGGAUUCAGGAGCUUGAAAGUAUGCUUAACAAUAAAACUGGAGAACUAAGUGAAAGUAAUGGAAAUGUAGAGAAACUAAGUGCAGACAUUGCUGAAAAAGAAUUAAGAAUAAAUGACUUGUCGAAGGAAGUUGAUCAACUACAAUUUACUUUAGAAGAGAUAAAGACUUCUGACAAACGGCAAAUAGAUAUUGUUAGAGAACAGAAUGGUGAAAUACAGGCCUUGAAAGAUCAGAUAGGGGAAAAAGAAUUAGAGGAAUCCACAAAUUAUGCAAAACUGAGUCAAGAAAUAGAGCAGUAUAAAAGCAUAGCAGAAACUCAUGAAAAAGAGAUAGAAACAAAAGUGAAACAGUGUGAAGAUUUAAAGGAUAAAUUAGAAAAAGUGAAUGAAUCUCUAGAUAAAGUUCGCUUUGAGAAAGAAGAAGUGACUUUGCUUUCACUGCAGCUCGAGAAGAAAAAUGAAGAGCUUACAUUUGCAUUGCAAGAAACAAAGGGUUUGGAAGAGAAAUACACUUUGGAAUUGGAACAGUUAAAAGCAGAAAAUAAACAUUUUAAGGAUGAACUCGAUGACAGUGCCAUGGAAUCAUCUGUUAAUAUAGCUAGAUUAAAUCAAGAAGUACACAAUUUGAAAAAUCUCUUGGCAGUGAAAGAAUGUGACAUCGAAGGUUUAAAAAAUGAGAUUAUGCACAAAGAAAAGGAUAUUGAAGAUAUUUCUCAAUCAAAGCAAAAAGUAUCUGAUGAAAAAGUAGAAGCAGAGUCCUUACUUCAUCGAGAAAAGACAAAAGUAGAUGAACUUGAGCAUUUAGUGUCAGAAAUGAAAUCAGCUGAAGAAAAAUACCAGGCAAGAAUAGUGGAGCUUCAACAUGAACUUGGAAAGCUUCAAGAUGAAAUCAGUGACCAGGCCAUGGAAGAAUCUGUCAGUCAGGCAAAAUUAAAACAGAACAUUACAGAACAACAAAAUGUCAUCGAUGGAAAGGAAUGUGAAAUUAAACAACUCAAUAUUGAGUUGGACCACAAAACAGAAAAAUUAACUGAAUCUGAAAACAAAAAUAUAAAUCUGUCACAAGAUUUAGUGGAUGCAAAAGCAAAAAUAGUUAGUCUUUCUGAAGAAGUAAGUCAAGCUUCUUUUGCCUUAGAAGAGUCUAAGCAAUCUAUAGAACACUAUGAAAAGACUGUUUUUGAUCUUAAGACUCAUCAGCAGACUUUGAAAGAUGAUUUAGAUAAAUUGGAGACUGAGUAUACAACUACAAAGGCUGCUCUUGAACAAGAAAAUCACCAGUUAACAAACACAGUUGAUACAAAAAUGGAAGAAAUAUCUCAAGUUAAGGCAGAAUUGUCUCGUGUCACAAACAGCUAUGAAAAGUCUGUUGAAACUGCCGAGUCGUUUCGUAGAGAGAAAGAACUGUUACAGUUGAUUGAAAGUGAAUUGAAGCAAAGAGUAGCAGAAUUGGAGUUUGCAGCAACCGAAGCUAAUAAAGAAAUGAUGGAUAAAUCAGAGAAUUUGACCAUUCUUCAGACUGAAAUACAAUCCCUUAAAGAUGAACUUAGUGAUCAGUCUGUAGAAGAAGCUGUAAAUAGGGCAAAAGUAAAUCAGGAACUUGAUCUUUUGAAAAAUUCUUUGGAAAACAAAGACAUUGAAGUCAGCAGAUUAAAUUCAGAGAUAAUCAAACUUAAGGAUGACUUAGAAAGGAAGAAAAAUCAAUAUGAAGAAAUAGAAAAAGUGAACAAGGAGCAACAGUCUGAGAUACUCAAGCUCCAACAGGAAAUCACUGAGUUUGGGAACACAAUGGAAGAAAAAGAUUAUAGGUUUGAAUCAGUCAAUAAAGAAUUGGCACAUACAAUUGAGAAAUUAGAAGUAUCUGAUAAACGUUUAGCAGAACAAAAUAAUGAUAAAACUAACAUAGAGUCUUCAUUAAACAGUUUGAAAGAUGAAUUUGAAGCAUUAGCAAGGGCUAAUUCAGAUUUAGUAUCUGACAAUGAAAUCAAGGACAAGAAAAUUAAGGUUCUUGAAACAGAAGCUGUGCAGCUUAAAGACAAAAUGAACAAAAUAAGUCUUGAAUCAUCUACAGAUAUGGCCAAGAUAAACCAGCAGAAUAAAGAAUAUGAAAGUAUUCUUGAAGGUAAAGAAAAUGAAAUGAAAGAGUUAAUGGUUGAAAGAGAUCAUUUCACAAACUGUUUGCAGAAAACAAACUCUGAAUUUGAAGAAAUAAAGACUGAAAAGAUAGAACUGGAGAAUCAGCUUAUUUCAUAUGAGAAGGAAAUCGAGGUAUUGAAGUGUUCUUUGACAGAGAAUGUGGCAUUAAAAGAUAAAUCAGAUUCAAAAAUUACAGAGCUAGAAUCUGAAAUAGUGGAGCUGAAGGAUGAAUUGUGUUGCUUACAGUCCACAGAAAAGUCAUUAAAUGCACAGAUUAAUAUUGAGAAAGAAGAGACAAGAAACACACUUCAUGGACUCAAUGAGGAAAUAGAAAGUCUGAAAUCAGCUGUUGAUAGAGAAAGACAUCAGUCUGAGACAUAUCAGGUUCAAAUAAAUGAAGCUAUUAAUUUACGGAAUCAGCUCCAAGAUAAAAUCACAGAAUUACAGUCAAAUUAUGACGAAAUCAAAUUAAAGGCACAAGAACAUGAAAAAGAGGCCAACAUGUACCAAGAACAAUUAAUUAAUCUCCAGUCUGAAAUUAAUAUUCUUAAAGAUAAACGUAAGGAUGAAUCUUCCAUUUCUGAAAGUGAAAUAGCUGAACUUAAAUUGAAAUUAGUGGAAAGGUCAAAUGAAUUAGAAGGAAAUCAGGAGAAAUAUCAAGUAGUUGAAAAGGAAUUGGCUCAUAAAACUAGUGAGCUUGAUGAAAUGAAGGCGAAAUUGACUAGCUUAGAAAAACAAAUUGAUUUAGAAAGAAGUGGAAAGCUAGAAGUUGCAAAUGAUUAUGAAAGCUAUAAGUUGCAGAUGGAACAAGCUGCAGGUCAGAGUAGUAAUGAUAUAUGUUCUCUUGAGGAUAAAAUAAAAACACUGCAACAGAUAAAUGAAACACUUGAGAAGGAAAUUUCAGGGCUUAAUGACCAACUUCAUAAGAAGUCAAGUCAGCUCCAGAUUAGCCAUGAAGAUUGUGAAGAACUGCAAGACCAGAUUCAACAGACAGAAAAAAGAAUUGAAAAGUUAGAAAAAGAUAACAGUAAUCUUGAACGGUCAGUUGCUAGCUUAACUGAUAGAUUAACAUCCAUUGAUAUUGAAAAAUGUAACCUGAUAAGACUUGUUGAAGAGAAUCAAAAUAUUAUUGAUGGAAAUUCAGAAGAACUACAAAGAGUAAAAAAGGAGAAGGAGCUUUUGGAAGAGAAAGUAACAAACUAUCAAGUGCAGUUUGAAAAGAAUGAAAAUCAGAUGAUGGAAUCUAAUAUAGAAAUUUCCCAGCUACAACAAAAUCAAGAUGCAAGUCAGUUUGCCUUUGAAGAAAGUAUGAGAAAGUUAAGUGAAGAAAAAAUAAAACUGGAGGAAAAUUUGAAUGAAAAGGAAGCAAAACUUAAUGAGUUUGAGAAUACUUUGCAGCAAUGUACACUUUUGCUAGAAAAUGAGAGAAGUAAAGCGGUACAUGCAGAAGUAGAAAUGGAAAGGUUCAAAGAAGAAAAUACAACUGCCUUUACUAGAAUUUCACAUCUUGAAAAAGAGAAUGAAUCUUACCUGAAUAAAAUAGACCAAAUGAGCAGUGUUAUGUCAGACAGUAAAUCCGAAAGUAUAUCAUACCAGACUAAACUGGAUGAAACAGACAGUCAGCUGAAAGAUGCAUUAUCUACAGUUAUGAAGCUGGAAGAAAAAAAUAGUAUGCUUGAAAAUGCCAAUAGUAGAAAUGUUAGCAUUAUUGACAGUUUGCAAUCCCAGUGCAGUACCUUACAGUCAGAGUUGUUGCAGGCACGUAACGAAAAGGAUGAAUUGAAGCAUAUAGUAUCUGUCAGUCAAACUCAGGAAAAGGAACAACAAGAUCACAUUGAUAGACUAAACACAGAAAUCGUGGGCUUAAAAGACUUAUCAAACCAGGCGAAUGUUGAUCACGAUUUGAGUUCAGUACAUUUGAAAACACAGGUCAAAGAAUUAUUAAAUUGUACAGAAGCACAGAACUUGGAAUUAGAUGACUUACGAAAAGAGAUCGCUAGCAUCAAAAAUAAGCUGUUAAAAACAGAAGAAGAUAAGAAAAGCAUUGAAGAAGAAUUGGAAGAAAAGGUUUUAACUAUUAAUCAGUAUGAACAAAAAAUAGACCAGUUGACAUUUACAUUAAAUGAAGUGACAAGUGAAGUUAACAAUUUGAAAGAAAAAAUAUCAUCUAGAGAUUCAGAACUGCAAGCACUGAAAGACAGUAGCCAUGAAAGAGAUGUUAUUUCUAGUGAAUCACAGGCAAAGGAUCAUAUUGAACUUACAGCACUGAAAAACACACUUGUUGCUAAAGAUAAUGACAUGAAAUGUCUUCAAGAGAAGCUAGAAGCUGCAAGUGAAAAAGUGACUUCUUUGCAGAUAUCUAAUGAAGAUCUUACCAAGAAGACAUUGGAUCGCGAAAAUGAGCUGAUUUAUCUCCGGGAUCAAUAUGCAACAGAAAAGUUAACUCUAGAAAACAAAGUUAAAGCCCAAGAGCUGGAUCUUGAGUUGCUACAAGAAACUUUACAGAAUGCUGAAACAGAACAUAAAAAAGUUGUAAGUGACAGAAAGGAGUGUGAAAAUAGACUUGAAACUUUAGAAUUAAACGCUAGAGAUUUGAAGAAUGAACUAGAUGAAGUAUUAAAUGAAAAGGAUAAAAUAGCUAAACAACUGAAUUCUUUAGAGGAUGAAAAAUCAGAAAGAUUAUUGAAAAUUGAUGGUCUAGAAAAAGAACUGAGAGAUUUGAGGUCAGAGAAAGACCACUAUGAGAAGAAACUUGUUGAAAGAGAACAAGAAUUGCAAUCUACACAGGUGUUUUCUCAGACAUUGCAAAGCCAGCUUGAUCAAGUUGAUGACAGUUACAAAGGACAACAAGAAAAAAUAUAUGAAUUAUCUGUAGCAAAAGAGGAUUUAGAGGAUAAUGUUCAGCAAGCAAAAAUCGAACUUGAAAAGUUACGACAGGAAUCAAGAGACAAAAUAUCAGAGCAAAGAACUCAACUGGAGGAGGUUUUGGAAAAGAAUCAUGAAUAUCAAGAUACUAUCUAUAGACUGGAAGAUACAGUGAAGAACAGAAAUGGUGACAUUGCUGACCUCAAGGAGGAAAACCGUAGUCUUGAAAAAGAAAUGAAAACAACUACCAGUGAACUUGAUAACUACAGGCAAAAACUAGAUCUUAUAAACAAUGAAUUGUAUGAUGUAAACAAAAUUGUUGCUGAAAGAGCUGCAAGAAUAUAUGACCUUGAACAAACGAAUGAAACUUUGUCUUCAGAGCUCACACAAGAAAAAAGAUUAAAGGAUAGAAAAAAUGAAGAAAAUAACAGAAUUACACAUGAAUUUGAAGAAAUGAAGUCACGUCUUAGUGAAUUAGAAGACCAGUUGGUAACCAGAAGCAAAGAACAACUUAAUUCUAAAGAAACAAUUGAUAGAUUGCAUUCAGAAGUUACAAGACUAGAAAAAGACUGUUCAGCCAAAGAGCAGACUAUAUUAUCAUUACAUGAUCUUAAGGAGGAAGAUACAGGAAAAGUCAAAUGUUUAGAAGAGGAGAAAGCCUGGAUAGAAAAUGAACUGAAAUUAAUGGCUGAUACUUUAAAAGAUUUAGAGAAAGAACAUGCAAAGUUCCAAGUUGAAUCUUCACAAAAAAGUGAUGAAACAGAUAUACUGUCAGCUGAUCUAACAGAAGCAAAAGAACAAUUAAGGUCAUUGAGAGAUGAAAAAGAGGAACUUUCUGCAGAAUUAAAAUGUUUUGAAGAAAAUUUUGGCCUUUUAAAGCAGAAGUGUGAUUCCUAUGAAUCAGAAGUAGAGAAUCUAAAAUUAAAUGCUUCAGUAGUACAAGACGAGUUAAAUCAGAGUGAAAAGACAAGAAAAGAUCAACUGAAUGAAAUAUGCAAACUCCAGUCUGAUAUUGAUAAGCAACAGAACAAGCUGAGAUCUCUAGAAAGUGAAAAAGAAGAACUUGAGGGAAUGAUUGAGUAUACUAGUAUUGAGAGUGCUGGGAAGGAGGACGAAGUUGCAGCUUUAAGAACAGAUCUCAAGGAGGCUAAUGAGAAAAACAAAGAACUACAGCAGUCGCUUAAUACAGCACAGGAAGAAUAUAAAUCAACAAGUGAGAAAAUGAAAGUUCUGGAGGAUUCUCUGAAUACAUUGCAAGCAGAAAGGAGCAGAAUAGAAAUGGAGCUUUCAGAAAAUGACAAUCUAAACAAGGGAAGUGCAGAGGAAAUUGGUACGCUGAAGAAAAAUCUGAGAUCUGUCGAAAGUGAUCUUGAUACUUUAAAAGAUGCAAUGGAGUCCUUAGAGUUUGAAAAUACUAGUUUAGAAACUGAAAAAAAUGAAUUGGACAAGAAAGUGAGUAUAUUAGAAACUGAAAAAAUAGAACUUGAAAAUGAAAUAGGGAAACUGAAACAGGCCGUGUAUGAUUUACAGGAAGAGGCAAAGGAAAUGAAUUCUAAGCACACAUCGACUUUAAAGAAUCAGACAGAAGAACAUUUAGCAACGAAAGAAGCUUUAAGUGUUGAACUUAAUGAAUUAAAGGGAAAAUACACAAAUCUUUCAGUUGCUAUAGAAGAAGUGGAACAGGAAAAUAUUACAUUGAAAGCAAAGAUGGCUUCAGUAGAAACUGGGUUUGGUGACUUUGAAUCAAAGAAAACGGAGCUUCAAGAAGCUAAGUUGGAACUGCAAAGUAUGUUGUCAAAUAAGAUUGAGUUAGAGCAGAAGUUGGCCACACAGGAGAGGGAAAAGGGAGACUUGCUUUCCCAGUUCCUCUGUCUGGAAGAUAAAUAUGGAAAUGUUGAGAAACACAACACUACUCUACAAAAUCAGAUCAAAGAACUUGACAGUGUGCUUGAAGAAAAGAACCAAGAAGUUACACGUUUCCAGAAAGAACUUGAUGCAAUAAGCAAAGAAAAGAAUGAACAAGAGAACAAGUUAACAAAGUUCAGUAUGGAAAUCGAAAAACUGAAGGAGGUAAAUGUUGACCUAGUCAGCAGCCUAAAUGACCAGACAAGAGACCUGACCAGUGUCCAGGAGGAGAGGAAUAACUUAAAGAAGGAGGUCAGCAGACAAGGGGCCCUUGAAGGGGUUGUAAAGAAACUGAGACAGGAGAGAGUUGACCUGCAGGAUAAACUUCUUGUCCUUGAAAAUGAUAAGGUUGAAAGAGAGGUUACCAUUGAGAAGCUACAGUCAGAGAUCAACAGUCUUUCUCAAGAGCAAAAUCAGUUAGAAAAGCUGAAGGCAGAGAAUGAAACAUUGAAGUUGAGCAAGUCAAGAGUACAUCAGCUUCAGGAGGAGAUGGCUGAACUGAAGAAACAACUGGAGGGGCAAGUGAAGAAGGAACAGGAGAACGAAGACAGUAAUAGUGUGAAUAAUCAGUCAAGAAGCGAGGUGGAAAAGACAUUAGAAAAAUGGCAGAGUAGAUGCUCCAAACUAAACUCGCAGCUGACAAUGGAGAAGAAAAAUGUGAGCAAGUACCAGGAACAACUGAAGAUGGUCAAAGCUGAUAUUGAGCAGCAGGUUGUUGAAAGGACAAAAAAUUUAGUGAAUGACCUGAACUCGGCCAAGAAAGAAGCCAGCCAGUAUCUGGACAAAUACCAUGCCUUGACACAACGCUACACUCAUCUCGAAGAACAGUAUGAAAAACUGCAGGUUGGCAGUUCAGGUGCCAAAUCAGUUGCAACUUGUGACAUUACUCAGGAAGUGAUGGAUACCAGUUACACAGUGAAACAGGAACCAGCUGAAUCGUUGGCCAGUGAGACCACAAAUAGUAUUACACAACAGUUUGUUGAAACAGUGCCAGUGGCAAAGAGGCUGAGGCGCUCUGAUCAUGGUGUUUCAGAUACUAUCACAAAGCUUGUAGAGGAGUCGGAGAAAACACCAAGGAGGAAGAGCCCAAGAUCUCUGUCACGUUCAAAAUCAAAAACUGAUGCUUUAUCUAGCUCAAAAACUACACCUGUGAUAAAACCUGUCUCCUCUUCUACACUCAGUCCAGCAGGAAUCACUGAUAACCACUGGAAUAACUCAGAUAACCAGUCUAACCAGAAAAGUGCAAUAGCCAGUAAACCAGUCUCAAAUGUAUUAAGUAACCAGUCUGGUAAAUCUCUGCCAGUGACUCACAGUCGACCAAAAGGUCUUAGACCAACAAGAAGUCAAACUUCUGGUCAGGCUGCAGUUUCUACUGUGACAGUACAUUGUGAUUCAAACAAAAACAGUACAAGUGUAUCGAAAUCGUUGUUAACCAAGACUAGUGUUGGUGAUUCACAGAAGGAAGUGGGUGGCCUACUGUCUAUAAGUAAACUAGGACAACAUGGCUCAAAAGCAGGUCCAUUAAAGCUUGAAGAUGAUACUUCUAAAUCUAUACUUAAGAAGAAAGCACUAGGAACUAUUACAAAUAGUCCUGUGAAAAAGCAGCAGUCUGUGACUACAACUGACAACUCAGUUCCAAAGAUAGCCGGACCUCAGCGCACUCUAAGUCUGAAGAAAUCUCCCCAUGUGAUGAGGACUAGGCGGCAAGUGGAGCUUCAGGAACAGAACUCUGAAACUGAACCUGAGGAAAGUCCCGCAGAAUGUAAAGUGGCUUAAAAUGAAAGGCAGGAUGGUGAUUGAAUAUAUUCUUUGUGUAAUGAUUGAUUAGAAAGGAGACAAUACCUAAUAUAUUUUUAUGGUAUUUAUAAUAUGGCUGACCUUGUGUAAACACCACUUAGUUAUAAUAUAACACUAUAGUUAGAUACAAUGGAAAAUGGCUAAAAAUGUGAUGCAGGAAAGUGAUUGAAGUGUUUAUUAACAAAACAAAUGUAAGUAAUGCUUCACUGUGACUAUACUGUUUGUGUAAUUGUUAGGAAGAAUAAUAUGCAUAGUGUAAUCCUGUGGUAUUUAUGGCUUACUUAGCAUAGUUUAUCUCAACUUGUGUGUAUAGUGGCUUGCUAAUAAUACGGCCGUAUAAAUAGAUGUAAUGCUGUUACAUUGCAUUUUAGUGUUUGUAAUGACUUGAUUUAUUGCAUUAUUGGAUUUUACUUUUUCCCCAGCUGAUGCCGUAUGCUGAAUUUUACUUUUUCCCCAGCUGAUGCCGUAUGCUGGAUUUUAAACAUACAGAAUUGAUAUACAGUUUAUCUGAAUGAUUGUUACACAUGAAGCUAAUUUUCUCCACUAUAUAUACUUUUUUCAUUCAUGUAUAUUCAGAACUUUGUUGUCAGAGAUUGCAAAGUAUUGAUGUUAUUAAGUACUAGUGAAAUUAAAAGAAUUAUCACUGGCAUCUCAGACUUGUAAAUUAGUCAUGUGUGAAAUGUUUUUAGAGAAUAACUUGAGGUGUGAGUGUCAGACUCCUUACAUGUUGUUUAUUCACAUUUUUGGCAGGAAGACAUUGGCAGUAGUUGGAUAGUAUACUAAAUUUUCAUUUUGACAAAUUGUAUCUUGAUUUGUGAAUGACACUACUUUUUAAAGUGAAUUCCUUUGUUUUUGUUUCAUACUGGUCUCAUAGAUAUUUUUAGCUCGACUAUUCAUAAAAUAGUAGAGCUAUUGGACUCGCCCAUGCGUCAGCGUCCGCAUUGGCGUCCGCGUCCCGAUUUGGUUAAGUUUUUGUAUGUAAGCUGGUAUCUCAGCAACCACUUGCAGGAAUGGAUUGAAACUUCACACACUUAUUCACUGUGAUAAACUGACUUACAUUGCACAGGUUCCAUAACUCUGUUUUGCUUUUUUACAAAAUUAUGCCCCUUUUUUGACUUAGAAAUUUUUGGUUAAGGUUUUGUAUGUAUGCUGGUAUCUCAGUAACCACUUGUGGGAAUGGAUUGAAACUUCACACACUUAUUUACUGUGAUAAACUGACUUACACUGCACAGGUUCCAUAACUCUGUUUUGCUUUUUUACAAAAUUAUGCACCUUUUUCGACUCAGAAUUUUUUGGUUAAGGUUUUGUAUGUAAGCUGGUAUCUCAGUACUCACUAAAGGGAAUGGAUUGAAACUUCACACACUUGUUCACUGUCAUGAUCUGACAUGCACAAAGCAGGUCCCAUAACUUUAUUUUGCUUUUUUACAAAAUUAUGCCCCUUUUUCAACAUAGAAAUUUUUGGUUAAGUUUUUGUAUGUAAGCUGGUAUCUCAGUACCCACUAAUGGGAAUGGAUUGAAACUUCAUACACUUGUCCACUGUCAUGAGCUGAUAAGCACUAUGCAGGUUCCAUAAACCUAUUUUACUUUUUUACUAAAUUAUGCCCCUUUUUCGACUUCCGUAUUCAUUCAAGCGACAAGGCCGUUGAAUAGUCGAGCGUUGCUGUCCUCCAACAGCUCUUGUUUUAUGUCUGAUCGUCUGCAUACUAUUGUACUUUGAUGAAUGAAUUCUAAUUUUUUGGUUUUGUUUGAGUGAUGUUUUUUUUUUAUAUAUAUAAUUGUUGUUGUUUAUACACAUUGUAGUGCUAGUUAUAUAGAAAUGUACCAAAAAAUGUAAAUAAUUACUCCAAGGAUAGAGUACCAAUAUGUAAAGUUAUAGAUGUUGUGUUACACCCAAGAUAGAGUACUAGAUGUUGUGAUGUGUAAACCAAUAGAAAAUUCUUUCAAUCAGCAUACCUGCAGGUAUUACGCAUUGAGAAAAUGUUACAUAUUUAACACAACUGGCAUAUCUGGAUGUUAUGAAGCGAAAAGCGCUAUGCCAUUUCAAUAUUCACAAAAAUCUGAAAGAAUUAUAUAUUUCUAUCAUGACACAAUAAAAAAGUUUCUAUAACGUUUUUGCACUUAAUCCAUGGAUAGCCAGGUCAUGGUUUCUUUAACUGUAAAGUUUUGUUAUUGACAACUUGUUAGUAGGUUAGAAAAGAUGUAUAUUUCCUUAUUUAUUUUGUCUGACAGUUAUAUGUUGUUGAGAUUGUUGUUUAAAGUUUUUAUCUACACAUGUAUUCAUUCCUUUUCAGUAUUCAUAUGCAUUACUACUUCCAGAUUUUAAAAAUAACCUGGUGAUUUUAAAGCUACUCGCUCACACUUGGGUGAAAUUUUUCAACAUGUUCUUUCCCACCAAGUUUGGCAUAGAAUGUAAUACUAUAUAUGGCACUAAAAAAUAAAGUGGGUGAAAAUAACAGAUAUUGGUAAAAUGCAAGAAGAAUGUAAAUUUUCAGCAUUAUUUCAAAAGUGUUGCAAUGGUUUACUACAUUCUGCACAAUAUUUUUGGUUAUUUAUAAGAAAAUCUUACAAAAAUCUUAUGUCAGUAAGUAUGUACCACUAGUCACUUUCAGAGUACUCACAUUUUAUGGAUUUUUGAAAAAAUAUUUUUUCGCCUAAAAAAGAAGGGUUAGUCCCAUUAAAGCCAACAGGUUGUUGCUGUGUAGUAAUAAUCUUCCAUCAGUUGAAUGAUAUUUAGUCAAGUUAUUUAGAAUUAUAAAAGGUGUAAAUGUUGUCCAGACUUCCUGUCUGAACUGCCCUGACUUCUCUCUCUUGCCAUUUUCAUAUGUUUUACCUUGUCAUUUAAAUGAAGCCUUUGGGGAGACAUGUUCUAAAAGACAUGUUUGAGUCAAUAAUAAUGAAUCACCUUGUAGGUGCACAAUGAUGAUUGAACUUCCUUAAUAUGAAUUAUAUUUGAUGACUAUUUCUUUGAUUUUUGGUUUGUUUUUGUUAAAUCUUUACUGUACAAAUAAUAUAACAUGAAAAAUGAUGACAUUUGCAGUGGUUAGUGGCAUACAGAAUAACAUACAUAAAUAAAACCAAAGUAAAAUCUAAAUAUUUUAGUUUCCUCUGUUGAAGGACAGAUUUUUAUUCUCUGAAUAGUUGAAAUUUUCAGGAAGUUUAUCUCCCUUCUACCAAAAGUAAAAUACUUUGCCAUAAAAUCUUUAAAAACUAUUUCCAAGGAUUUCUGGAUAUGUAUAUAUUAGGAAAAUUUAUAGUCACAGUUAUAAUUUAUUAUGAACAGGUGGAUCUUUAACCUUUAGCCUGCUUGGGGCAAGUGAUUCUGCCUUUGCGACCAGUGCAGACCAAGAUCAGCCUGCACAUCCGCAGGCUGAUCAUGGUCUGCACUGUUCGCUAUUCAGUCAGUAAAUUUUAAGUGAACACCCCUUCGAAUGAUAAAUGGUACUGCCCAAAUUGAAUGAUAGACCAGUCCAUUUUAGAAAUUUAGCAGGAUAAAGGUUAAAAAAGCGAAACUAAUGAUUAUAAAGAAGAUAUUUGUUUGUUUCUGUGUAAGAUCGAAAAUAUAUCAAACUAUGUGAACACAAGAGGCUUUCAGGAGUGGCAUAGUCACAAAUGAAGAUGCAAGAUCUCAUGUUUGUGUAUGCAUCUUUUGUUGAUGUGUGAUCUUACUUAAAACGAACAAAUUGCCUUUUUAUUUCAUGUCUUUUCAAUGGUUUUAAUCCGACUUCUCUAUUUUGUAACUGUGUACCAAUGAAAAAAAUAUUUUUGAUUAUUUUUUUUCGCUGUAAAAAGCAGAUGUAUCUCACCCUUUUUUCAGUGAUUUACUUGAAAAUAUGUAGAAAGGUAGUUUAUUAUGUUAGUUUUAUUAGUUUUUAUUCUGCAGCAUUUCUGUUUUUGUGAAACAUUUAAUUUGUUUUGUUUUGUUAGAUAAUCACGUGACUGGGUGAGUUGCUUAAAUUAUGAUUGGUUCAUUUUCUGUUUGUAGAUCUACAUUUACUAAAUUAUUUUACAUUGACAUAACACACAAAACUGGGGUCAUUUUGUGUUGUGUCAAAUGUAUCUAUGAAAUGACGUUAAUAAUAGUAUAAUAUGAUAUUCAACAAAAAUUCAGUCUUUACUUAUUCUGCCAAUUCAGCAGUUUCUUAGAAAAAUUUGAUAUUUUGUGAAAAGGGUAGAAAAAUAGUUCAAUCUUUAUACUAGUAUUUGCCGUAAUUAUUAACCUUUAGCCUGCUAGCAGCAAGUAAUUCUGCCUUUGCAACCAGUGCAGACUAAGGUCAGCCUGCACUUCUAUGCAAUCUGAUCUUGGUCUGCACUGUAGGCUAUUCAGUCAGUAAGUUUUCAGUGAACACCCCUUCGAAUAAUAAAUGGUACUGUCCAAACUGAAAGAUGGGCCAGUCCAUUUUAGAAAUUUAGCGUGCUAAGGGUUAAUUUGGAAUAGUAUUACAUGAAAAUAUUGUGAGAUAUUUAUUUACUAAAAACAUGCGAUAUCUUCUGAACAUAACACAUUUUAAGUUGUUGGGACAAUUUAUUAGACAUCAAAAAAGUCUCUGAACAUCUAAUAAAUAAAGGCAUUCUCAGUCAAGGAAGAAAAAUAAUGUUUCAAAAUUUGAAUCUAAAUUCGAAAAUCAGAGCCAAAGAAUGCAAACAACAUCUUUAAAUAGGAAGUUUUUCUAUAACUGUAUUCUACGCAUUUCAUUUUAAACUAAUUGCAGGAGACAGAAAAAGGCAAAAUAACUUUUUGAAAUGCAUUCAGUGUUUUAAAAUGCUGAUGAAAUUAGAGAAUUAGAUAAAAAUGAUGUUUCAAAAACAGGGACUUUAUUUAAAGAUUUACAAUUUCUUACAUAACUUGUGGUUUUAGAACGAUACAAAAUAAUCUGUAAAAUAUUGUUCCAAUAAAUGUUAUCUUGAAUCUGAUGAUUUUUGAUCAGUUGCAAAAGUAAAAAAGAUAAUCUGCUUACUUACUGACCGUGUGAGUUUUAUAACUUUACAUUAAAGAAUGCAAUGUCGAGACAUUAGUUUUAAUCAUUUAGGAAAAGGAUGUCUAUGUAUGUCUUGUAAACAAAGAACAAUCAUUAGCACCAAAAGUUCAUAACUGCAAUAUGCCGUUUUUAAUCCCCCGCCGUGGCGGAGGGAUUAUAGGAAUGGUCUGCGUCCGUCCGUCCGUCCUUCCGUCCGUAACAAAAUCGUGUCCGGUCCAUAUCUCCCAAACCUCUUGAAGGAUUUUCAUGAAACUUGGGUCAAAUGAUCACCUCAUCAAGACGAUGUGCAGAACCCAUGAGUCAGCCUUGUCGGUUCAAGGUCAAGGUCACAACUCAAGGUCAAAGGUUUGAGCCUGCCAUUUUGUGUUCGCUCUAUAUCUCCUAAACCCCUUGAAGGAAUUUUAUAAAACUUGGGUCAAAUGAUCACCUCAUCAAGACGAUGUGCAGAACCCAUGAGUCAGCCAUGCUGGCUCAAGGUCAAGGUCACAACUCGAGGACAAAGGUUUGAACCUUCCAUUUUGUGUCCGCUCUGUAUCUCUUAAACCCCUUGAAGGAAUUUUAUAAAACUUGGGUCAAAUGAUCACCUCAUCAAGACGAUGUGCAAAAUUCAUGAGUCAGUCAUGCCGGCUCAAGGUCAAGGUCACAACUUAGGGUCAAAGUUUUGAACCUUCCAUUUUGUGUCCACUCUAUAUCUCCUAAACUCCUUGAAGGAUUUUCAUCAAAGUUGGGUCAAAUGAUCACCUCAUCAAGGCGAUGUGCAGAACUUAUGAGUCAGCCAUGUCGGCUCAAGGUCAAGGUCACAACUGAAGGUCAAAGGUUUGAGCCUUCCAUUUCGUGUCCGCUCUCUAUCUCCUAAACCCCUUGAAGGAAUUUUAUAAAACUUGGGUCAAAUGAUUACCUCAUCAGAACGAUUUGCAGAAAUUAUGAGUCAACCAUGCCAGCUCAAGGUCAAGGUCACAACUAAGGGUCGAAGGUUUGAGCCUUCCAUUUGGUGUCCACUCUGUAUCUCCUUAACCCCUUGAAGGAUUUUCAUCAAACUUGGGUCAAAUGAUCACCUCAUCAAGAGCUCAUGAGUCAGCCAUGUCAACUCAAGGUCAAGGUCACAACUGAAGGUCAAAGGUUUCAGCUCUGUAUCUCCUAAACCCCUUGAAGGAUUUUCAUGAAACUUUGGUCAAAUGAUCACCUCAUCAAGACGUUGUGCAGAAUUCAUGAGUCAGCCAUGUCAGUUCAAGGUCAAGGUCACAGCUAAAAUCAAAGGUUUUACCCUUUCACUAGCCAUAGCAGUGGCGGGGGAUUUAGCUGUCUUUCAGACUGCCUUGUCUUAGCUUAAAAUGAUACUUACGCUAUUAGCGUUCGAUCUGUUGUGUCUGCCAUAUGCACCUUUCAGUGGUGGUGCUAUACGAAAUAUCCCCAGUUUUGUGCAUUAUGUCAUUGCACAUGGUACUAAUUAAAGAAUGAUUAAACAGUU